CUACUCGACUAAAUAAACGGACGCUCUAAAAAUCGAUCGGCUUCGUCAGUCGGAAGCCAUUUAAGUUUUCCUCACUAGUUAUUAGUGCGUCGCAUUGGAUACUCAGUUAACAGUAAUUUUAUAAACACCACAUAUUUAUUAUCAGUGAUAUUUUUUUUAUCACCCGUCCAAAAUGGUCAAGAUGGAACAUGAGGACGGAAAAAAUGAACCAGAGCAUGUCCGUAAAUUAUUUAUUGGAGGUCUGGACUACAGAACAACAGACGAUUCGCUGAAGAAACACUUCGAGCAAUGGGGUGAAAUAGUCGAUGUUGUCGUGAUGAAAGACCCCAAGACCAAACGUUCACGAGGGUUCGGAUUUAUAACUUAUUCCCGCGCGCACAUGGUCGAUGAUGCACAGAAUGCGAGACCUCAUCGAGUUGAUGGCCGCGUUGUCGAGCCGAAACGCGCGGUCCCGAGACAGGAGAUCGGGCGACCCGAGGCCGGUGCCACCGUCAAGAAACUCUUCGUCGGUGGACUUAAAGACGACCACGAGGAAGAUGAUCUGAGACAGUAUUUCCAGAGCUACGGAAGCAUUAAUUCCAUUAGUAUUGUCACCGACAAAGAGACUGGUAAGAAACGCGGGUUUGGAUUCGUUGAGUUCGAUGACUACGAUCCCGUUGAUAAAAUUUGUUUGCAACGGAAUCAUCAGAUACGGGGUAAACAUGUUGAUGUCAAAAAGGCUCUGAGUCGAGCAGAAAUGGCCUCUGCGACCGGAGGAAGUGGUGGUGGCGGCGGUGGUGGUGGUGGUGGCGGCGGUGGUGGCAGCAGCCGCGGGGGACAAUCUGGCGGCCGCGGGCCUCGAUCAGGCAACCAAGGAAGCGGAAACUGGGGUGGCCGUGGUUCUGGUGGUGGUGGUGGCGGCGGUGGCGGUGACUGGAACAACGGAGGUGGACAAGGGGGUUACGGGGGUGGUAACCAAAACAACUGGGGUGGCAACGGACCCUGGGAGAGCCAAAACCAAGGCGGUGGUAAAGGUAACUGGGGUGGACAAGGUGGCCAAGGUGGAUACAACAGCGGUGGCAAUUGGAGUAACGACAACUUUGGAAGUGGCUACCAACAAGGAUACGGUGGUGGCCCAGUUAGGAGUAAUUUCAAUUCCGGCGGAAGACCAGCACCCUACGGUACUAGUAUGGGCCCUAGUGGAAGACAAUCUGGAGACGCGAGGUGGAUGCCACCCUUCGGUGGACAAGGACCAAUGGGAGGUAACUCCGUUGGAGGUGGCGGUGGUGGUGGCUACGGUGGAGGCAACCAAGGCUACGGCGGCGGAAACAUGGGUGGAGGUAAUAUGGGCGGCGGAAGACGUUACUAAUAUGUUUAAUAUAACAUCGCAUCUUAAUGACGCAAACUCUCUCCCUCGAAGAUGUUAGCUUGCAGUGAAAUUAAAAAAAAAAAAAGUAUUUUAUAAGAGAGCAUUCGAUUAAAAUAAAGUUGAGUCGACGGAAGGUAUAAUGUAGAUAAAAGAACGUAACUAACGUGAUCUUUGUGAAUUUUGAACCUCAGGUGAACCCCAAUACUACUUGUUGUCUUCUAGUCCGUCAAGUACAUAGAAAAUCUUGUGUACUAUACUACUGUGUGUUAGUUACUGUGGAGGCAGGGCUAAAAGGCGUAUAGUCAGAUCAGACAGGCAUGAGGCCCAAGGCAGGACAAUCAGGAUCGAAUACAGGAUGAAAAUAAUUUAUUAUUUAAAUAAAAAGACAAAUAAUAACAUUUGUGCAAGAGAUGCGUCACCCAUUAUUGUAAUUUAUUGAGCUUGAGGGAUUAUUCUAUUUUAUAUAUUUUUAAUUUCAUAUUGCAUUGAUAUACUAAUUAUUAUCAAGUAAUUAUUAUUUAUUAUCCAGAGACUCAUUAGUCUCUUCAGUGUAUUAUGUAGCACCGAUAUAACAUUACAAAUAAUUAAAAGUUGUAGUUGUUACAGGUAAUCUGUAAUCAAUACUGUCAGAUAACGUUUCUUAAUUAAUUAACUAAUUAAUUAUUCAGUUUAUUUGAUUAUCUUAUGCACCGAUUACUUUUUUUUCUACAUUUUUAUCUCAAAUAAUUACCGGAUUUUUUUAGUCUCACUUGAGUCUUUCAGUUAAAUUUCAUCUGAAUGUUCCCGCGUAAAAAAAAUUUUUGAAAAAGUCAUGACUUUUCUAAACUUUAAAACGUAAUGACUUUUUUUUACGAUUCUUAAGGAUUCUGAAGUUAGCAGACCAUUAAUAAUUUUAUGAUUUUUUUUUCAACACUAAUUUAUAAAAAAAAAAAAAAAAAACUAAAAAAAUUCACAUGUAGAAAAUUCAAAAAACUAUAUGUCCAAUUUUUUUUUUCAAAUCCAAAAAUUAUUAGGAGUCAGCUUAAUUCAGUAUCAUAAUUUUGAAUUAUUUUUGAAUGAGUGGGAAUGUAACAGAUGUGAGGAAAAUUUUAAAUUAAAAAUUAACGAACUUAAUAAUUAAGUAUAUGAAAAUAAAAAAAUGCACAUACAGAUUUUCAAAAUCUCUAAAUGUGCAUUUUUUUAAUUUUAUUAAAUUUACAUUUAAUUCACUUAUUUCGAAAUUUUAAAAGAUACACUUUUCAAAAGUUUAAAAAUUUCAUGUCACGUUUUGAAGUUUAAAAAAGACGCUAUUUUUUCAAAAAUUCUUUUACGCGGGUUAUCUUUUUUUUUUUUUAAUAAUUAAGGAGUUAAAUUGUAAUAACAUUUAGGAUUUGCAAAAGAUAUAUUAUUUAUAUAUUAAUUAUUAUAAUAAUUAUUGUGCAAGUUUUAAGUUAGUGAUUAUUUUUAAAGACAGCAGUUUGAUAACAAAAGACAUUUUCGAGGGAGAGGAUUAAAGUAAUAUAUUUAUAAAGGAUUCAAAUAAAAGUAAUAAGCGAGAACGCGCGCGUUAGAUUACUUUGACAAUUAAUAAUUAAUAAUAAAUGAUAAUUGAUAAUAAAAGUUUGAUAAGUAAGAAAAUUUGAUAAUAAAAUUUUCAAUGUCUAGGUGUUAUUAUGUAGGACUAAAAAUGAUUGAAUUAAUUUUAAGUUGUAAUUGUCUUAAGAUAGAUUAUUUGAUUAAUAAUAAAAAAUGACCAGAACCUUUU